AUGCAGACAACGAUUGAUAUCCCGACUGACGCAGCGCGCGUGUUCUCCAUCCUCGCUCAAGGCGGAAUAGGCAUCGUCCCCUCGAGCGUCGGCUACGGAAUCAUAGCGACUGAGCCUCCCGCUCUGCAGCGCAUCUAUACCGUCAAGCGUCGCCAGCCGCACAAGCGCCACGCCAUCAUAGGCAGCUACGCGCUGCACCGCGAGAUCCACGUCCUCCCGCCGGACAAGAUGGCUCUCGUGCGCUGGCUGACGGUCGAUCUCAACCUCCCGCUGGGGGUGAUCGCCCGGUACCGACGGGAUCACCCGCUCCUCGCCAGACUAGACGAAGAAACCCGAGCGGCGAGUUCAAUGGACGGCACGAUGGCCAUGCUUGUCAACGGGGGUCCGUUCCAGGAGGAGUUGGUCCGGGUGGCUGCUGCGGCUGGGCGGGCGGUGCUGGGGUCGAGCGCCAAUCUCACCGGGCAAGGGACAAAGACCGUGGUGGAGGCGAUUGAGGAGGAGAUUCGCGAGGCGGCGGAUAUCGUGGUGGAUUAUGGGCGGGUGAGAGAUGGUUGGCCGCGGGCGAGUUCGACCAUGGUGGAUUUCGAGGCGAUGCGGGUGGUGAGGGUUGGGGCGUGUUAUGAGGCGAUUCAUGAUGUGGUGAAGAGGUUUGCUGGGUUGAACUGGCCGGACCCGAGUGUCUGA